GUUUGGCCUCCAACAAUCGUUUUUGAAUCGGGGUGCAAAAACAAAACACACACAAUACAUACCGUACCGUACACUCUGUGCUCGUAAUCGUCCUCGGAUAACAGCAUUGUGCCGACUCCCCACUGCCGAAAUAGAAAAACCAGAAGCACGCAACAAAUAGAUACACAUCACAUCCACCCUGCAGCAAGCCCGUCCACGAGACCGAACACAGACGCUGUAAUAAAUCAAAACACAAAAGAGAAAGCACAAAAGACAAAAGACAAACAACCAUGUCCCAGAUCCGCGACGUCAACCCCAAUGCCGAGAUCGUCUCGAGAGUCCAGGCCCGCGCCGUGAACGUCGCCGCCGGGGUUGGCCUGCUGAACGUUCUGAAAUCCAACCUCGGGCCCCGCGGGACCCUCAAGCUCCUGGUCGGGGGGGCGGGSCAGCUCAAGCUCACAAAGGACGGCCUGGUCCUGCUGAAGGAGAUGCAGAUCCAGCACCCCACCGCGGUGCUGAUCGCCCGGACCGCCACGGCGCAGGACGACAUCACCGGGGACGGGACCACCUCGACGGUGCUCCUGUGCGGAGAGCUCCUCCGGCAGGCCGAUCGGCACGUCUCGGAGGGCGUGCACCCGCGGAUCGUCGUGGAGGGGCUCGAAAAAGCCAGAGAAGCCGCCCUGGAAUACCUGAACGAGAUCAAAACGAGCUUCGAGGCCGAGGCCAUGAUCCAGGACCGGGAUCUCAUGACGAGCAUCGCCUUUACCUCGCUUGCCACCAAACUCGACAACGACUCCAGCCUCAAGCUCAGCGAGGCCCUCGUCAGCUCGGUCCAGUGCAUCUACGCCGGAAAGGACUCCCCCAUCGACCUCAGCCGCAUCGAGAUCAUGCCCAUGCCGAGAUCGACCAACGACUCGAGGUUCGUCAACGGGAUCGUCCUGGACCACGGGGCCCGCCACCCCGACAUGCCCGACGUCCUGACCAACUGCCGGAUCAUGACCCUCAACACGAGCCUGGAAUACGAAAAGACGGAGACGCAGUCGGGCUUUUACUACUCCUCGGCCGAGGAACGGGAAAAGCUGGUGGAGAGCGAGCGCAAGUGGCUCGACGAGCGGUGCCGGCAGAUCGUGGACUUUAAGAGGAGCGUCUGCAAGGACGGCGAAGUGAGUCAACCGCAAAAUCUGGUUUGGUUUGGUUUGGUUUGGUUUGGUUCCCGAGUGGCCGACGCGCAUCCGUGCCCGUUUGGUGUUUUGUGGGGAGAGCCGGUCGUGGAAACGAUUCUGCGUCUCUAGCCGAUGUUUUGUGUUGCCCGCUUUGCCACCGACUCGAUCGUCCGUGCACCCAUCUGACGCUUUCUUCUCUGUCUUGUUCUUAGUCGUUUGUCAUUAUCAACCAAAAGGGUGUCGACCCAUUGAGUCUGGAUAUUUUUGCCAAGGAGGGAAUCUUGUGCCUGAGAAGAGCCAAACGGCGCAACAUGGAACGCCUCACCCUCGCCUGCGGCGGAUCUCCCAUCCACUCGCUCCAGGACAUCGACGAGUCACAGCUGGGUUACGCCGGGAAGGUAUCGCAGAUCACGCUGGGGGAAGAGAAAUACACGUUCGUGGAGGACUGCGAAAAGGCCGAAUCGUGCACCAUGCUCCUCCAGGGACCCAACGAGCACUCGCUCAACCAGGCCAAGGAUGCCAUCAAGGACGGGCUCAGGGCCCUCAAGAACGCCCUGGAGGACAACGCGGUCGUGGCCGGUGCCGGGGCCUUUGAGGUUGCCACCGCGUGGCAUUUGCAAAAGAACGUCCUCCCAAAGGUGGCGGGCAAGGCAAAGCUCGGGGUCCAAACCUUUUGCGACGCCCUCCUGGUCAUCCCGAAGACCCUCGCCGAGAAUUCCGGCCUGGACGUCAUAGACACCCUGCUCAAGCUGCAGGACGAGCACUCCGAAUCGGGCCUGCUGGUCGGCCUGGACGUCAAGACGGGAGAGGCCAUCCUGCCGAGCGACGAAGGCAUAUGGGACAACGUCCGGGUCAAGCGGCAGUCGCUCUACCUGUCGACGGUCCUGGCCAGCCAGCUGCUGUUGGUGGACGAGGUCAUGCGCGCCGGAAAGAACAUGGGAAAACAACCGAGUCCGAUGGACGACAACUAACGCAAAGGCCUCGGCCCGUGUGGUACGGUAAUUGCCAAACAGAAACCAAUCGACGCUGUCGGUCUAAUUAGAUAUCGCGCGCUUUCAUAGACUAGGUACUAGGUGUGGUUGUGAUUAUCGUUGUCCAUCGACUGACUUAAAGUUCUUAGAGC